AUGGUGCUGGAUUCACCCUGGCUAACAGACUGGAUGCAAAAGAACACGAAAUGCUUGAGGCAUGCUUUUGUGCAGUAUGGCGCGCUUUUGUUCCGCGGUUUCCAGAUUGAAGACGCGUCUGCCUUUGAAGCAGUGGCGCUGGCGAUGGUGCCCAAUCUCGAGAAGGAGUACCUGGGGACCUCCCCCCGAAGCGGGAUCCAAAACACGACCUACGUCUUUACCGCUGCGGACUUUCAGCCACAUCGAACCGUUCCAGUUCAUAUAGAGAUGUCUUUCCGCGACUUCCCUCCUGCAACACAGCUCUUCUAUGCCAAGAGAGUGGACCAAUGGGUGGGAGGAGAAACGCCCCUCACGGACAUGCAGGCAGUCUGGGAGAAGCUCGCGGAAGAUCCAGCGCUUAGAGAGCAGUUUGAGACCGGAGAGCUCGAGUAUCUGCGCAACAUGGACGACUGUGCCUCCACCUCUCAGUUCGACCCACUGGUUCAGAAGUGCUGGCAGAUGAUGUUCAAAGACGAAAAGGAUGCAAAGCGAAAUUGCGAAACCGAGGGCUUCAACUGCACUUGGGACGCUUCGAAUAGGUUGACUUUGCGAAAUCGACAGCCGUUUAUUCGAAAACAUGCUCUGAGUGGCCGACCUAUUUGGUACAACCACAUCAACGUCCUGCACGGUCAAAUGAUGCCUGGUGACUAUUUUCGCACUGCCACUCUUUGGCCUGGUCUUGCGCGCUUGUGGCCCACGGCGCUGUGGCUCUACUAUCGCGGGUUGUUUGGCAUCUACAGCUUCUUCGUGCCAGACAAAGACAUGGGCUCCACGGUUCUGAAGGGCUCUGGCGAGGCAUUCUCCUCCAAAGAACUGCAGGCUAUGAAGGCCGCCAUUCACGAACACACACGCAACCACGCCUACCGGCAGCACGACGUCGUGAUGCUAGACAACCAUCGCAUUGCACAUGGUCGUGAGAUUUACCUUGGCCGGAAGGAGUCAAGAAUGAUCUAUACGGCGUGGUCGAACGAGUAUCCUCCCUCCUGGCACACCGUGCCUGAGGAGACGACUUGCCAUGACUCAGCAGUAUAG